AUGCGAUCUCGAAUAAACUAUCAGGUUUAUACAACAGCAGUCUUUGCUGCUAUCGGUGGUUUUCUUUUUGGUUACGAUCUAGGUGUUAUUUCAGGUGUUAUUGUAAUGUCGAAAUUUCUUCUUGUUUUUGGAGAUCAAACAAGUAUUAAUCGAGGUUCACUAACAAGUUCUAUAGCUGGAUCUAUUGUGAGUGUGAUGUCAAUAGGUUGUUUUAUUGGUGCUCUUUUAGCUGGUCAAGCUAGUGAUCGAUUUUCACGUAAAUAUUCAAUUCUUCUUUUUUCAGUUAUUUUCAUUGUGAGUGGUGCAUUGCAAGCGGCUUCUUUCAAUUUAAGUAUAUUACUUGUUUCGCGUUUAAUUGCUGGUAUAAGUGUUGGUGCACUAUCCAUGAUUGUACCUGUUUAUCAAUCUGAAAUUUCUACCAAAGAAAUUCGUGGACGACUUGUUUCAUUUCAACAAUUGGCUAUUACAAUAGGAAUUGCAGUUAGUUUUUGGACUAAUUAUGGCACGGAUUUGUAUUUUCCAUCUAGCAAUGCAUCAUGGCAAAUUCCACUUGGACUUCAAAUUGUACCAGCAUUCAUUUUAGCAAUUGGUAUUCCUUUUUUUCCAUUUUCACCACGUUGGUUAAUGGCUCAAGGUCGUGAUGGUGAAGCAUUUGCUGUUCUUAGUCAAAUACGUUCAUGCUCUCAACGAGACAUACUUAUCGAAUAUAAUGAAAUUAAACAAGAGAUCGCUGCAGAACAUGAACAAUCAAUUCGAUCAUAUGCUCAACUUUGUCAUUUCCCACUUCGUCGUCGUUUGAUUCUUGGUAUUGGUAUUCAAAUUUUACAACAACUUACUGGGAUCAAUUCAAUUAUGUAUUAUGCACCAGAAAUAUUUAAACAAGCCGGUUUAUCAGGUCAACGUGCUGCUUUAUUAGCAACUGGAAUCAACGGAUGUAUCAAUAUGUUAGCUACUAUUCCUGCUAUUUUAUUUCUUGAUAAAUGGGGUAGACGACCUGUAUUAAUUGCUGGUGGUAUACUUAUGAGUUUAUCGAUGCUUACUAUAGGCAGUAUUAUGGGUAUACAUGGACAUACAUUAUUCAAUUCAACAACAAAUAUUGCUGAAGUCAUUAUUCCAAGUCAAACAGCUUCGUAUACAAUAAUUGUAUUCGUAUAUAUUUUCGUUGCAGCAUUUGCAUCUAGUUGGGGACCAACAACAUGGCUUUAUUGUACAGAAAUAUUUCCAUUGAGUAUGCGAGCAAAAGGAACAUCAUUAACUACAGCUGCUAUUUGGGCAACUAAUUGUCUUGUUUCUUUUCUUGUACCUGUUCUUCUCGAACGUCUUACAUAUGGAACCUAUCUUAUAUUUGGUAUUUUCUGUUUAAUUAUGGCCAUAAUAAUAUUUCUUUUCUAUCCAGAAACAAAAGCACAUGGUCAUUCAUAUAUUCCACCAAAAAAUACUAAUUUAAUUGGACAAACAAUUGUUAUUACAGGUGCAGCAUCAGGUAUUGGUCGUGUAUCAGUGGUAGAAUUCGCUAGACUAGGAGCUAAAGUUAUUAUUGGUAUACGUGGUCAAGAAAGAAGUGAAGAAAUAGCACAAGAAUUAGAACGUGAAGCAAAUAUUAUUGGUAUGAAUAGAAUAAUUGGUUAUAAUUUAGAUUUAUCAAAUCUUAUGACAGUAAAAAAUUUUGCUGAUAAAAUUCUUGAACAUGAAGAAAACGUAAAUAUUUUAUUAAAUAAUGCUGGUAUUGCAAAUCUAUCACAUUCAUUAACAGUUGAUGGAAUACAGACAGAAUUUGGUACAAAUCAUAUUGGUCAUUUCUAUUUAACAAAGCUUUUAUUACCAUUAUUAAUACAAUCACAAGCACGUAUUGUCAAUGUUAGUAGUAUUGGACAUUGUUUUAUAGAAAAUGGUAUUAAUUAUGACUUAUCUAGUUCAGCGUAUGUGCCAAAAGUAGCUUAUGAUCAAUCAAAACUAGCACAAAUAUUACAUGCUUUUGAACUGCAACAGCGUUAUGGUCAACAAGGUAUAAAAGCAUAUUCAUUACAUCCAGGAUUAAUUCAUACAGGAAUCACACGAAGUAUACCAACAUAUUUUGCAUCGAUUUAUCAGCUAAUAUUGCUUAUAGUUGGAAAAUCAUUAUAUCAAGGUACACAAACAAGUUUAUAUUGUUCAUUAUCGGAUAAUGCAAAGCCAGGAAUAUUUCAUGCGGAUUGUAAAGAAGCAAAAGCAAGUCCAUUGGCUUAUAAUAUAAAAUUAGCUGAAGAAUGUUGGAACUUCAGUGAAAAUAUAAUUAAUGAAAAACCAAAAUUCUUCUGA